CAUGCACGUACUGUACACUGUGUGACGUCUACGCACAAACUACUGCAUACAGCCGGCUGCGUGAGAUCUUUACGCACGGUAAAGUACACCUUUGGUACACCCAACUGUCAAAAGUGGGUGGGUGUUCACCGUACAGUCAGUACACGUCGUACACAUGUGGUGUUGGCAGCUAAAACUCUACCAAAGCUACAUACUACACUGUGAGAGUUAACAAGGUCACAGAGUCCUCACUUUCGUUGUUGUGCACGCAGAACGCAUCUAACCACAACAGUGCCUGAAAAGGAUCAAACUCUGCCAUUUUUUAAAGGGACAGUUUUCGUCGCUGUUGUUCUGUUGUUCUGUGACCAUUUGGGACCAUUUUGCUGAGUUGACCAGGAUCCUAUACUGCCUCCUCCUCCACAGUAGACGAAAGUGAAUCCAAGCACCUUUCAAGUACGUUGAUUUUGUGUCAAUUCCUGCUGGCAGUGCCACAUUGUCUGGCGUCUGGUUGCGUGGGGAACUAAAUUUAUGUUGACAGCAAUGGUUCGGUAUGCACCUUUUGAAGGCGAGGUUGUCCAUCUAGCAGUGCAGUGAAAGUUCAUUGCGUGAAUAAAAAUUCUACAGAGGGAGUCAGAGCACCACCAGAACACCGUUGUUUUGUUUCAAGCUGAAAGUGAAAGUAGUUUAGCUGAGGACCAGUCUCCCGAAAUACUCCUUGGUGGUAUUUCAUUCAGUUUGAUUUGGAAGCUUUUAGGUGAAGUCGACAACAUCAUGAACAGCAAGGGCAAGAGGAUUCGCAAGAAGGAAGGUGUGUUGCAGGUUAAGUUAUCAUCGCGUUCAGCUCUGGGCAAGGCAUGGAAGCGCAAGUGGGUCGUCGUUCAGCAGAACACCUCCUCGUCUGGGAAAUCCCUCCUACUGGAGUUGUACGUGGAGAAAGGUGCCUACCACAAGACGGUUACCAGCCUACUACUUGAGGGCGUCGUGAGCGUCAAACGAACUCGAUCAAAGACCCAGGAGCACGCUAUAGAGAUAUCCUCGAACUCCAAGGUUUUGUUGGGUGUGGGGGCAGAGAGCGAGACCGAUGCACAGGAAUGGCUGAGCAUGUUCCGCAUGAACCUAUUGCCGCCUGUGAAAGAGAUGCAGUGCCCACCUGGAAUUCCAGAGGAUUUUGUACGAUUGAGUGUGGUCCCCAACAAAGAUUCUGAACGUGCCCACCUCUCUGGUGAUUACUACGCUCAUAUCUCAUUGACUCACAUCAACCUGUAUGACACGAAUACUGGCAAGAUCGACCUGGACUGGGACCUACGACACCUCAAGAAGUUUAUGCUCAUCUCAAAGUGUCACCAACUGGAUUUUGAGAAGAUUGUGCAUAUCAUGACGAGCAAACGUUCUGUGAGUGGAGAAGGAGAGUUUAUCUUCUAUAGCUCCAAGGGGAAAGAGCUUGUGGAAAGCCUGUAUGAGAGACUGAGCAACGCCAUGACAGUAAAAUCUCGCCGAUCUAGAUCUACCUCCAUGCUCUUCGAGAUCACCGCCCUAGAGCUCGAGCAGAUGUUCAAGGAUGCAGAUCAACCCCCGGAGGAAACUCUUCAAGAGGAUGAAAGAGGAGAGGCGGAGGCAAAGGGGGAAACAGAUGGAGCAGUAAACGGGAGUGCCCCAGAAGAUGUACCGGUUAGUAAUGGGGUAAAAGCCAAUGGACAAGAAGCACCUAAAGAGGUAGUUGAGCAAACUCCAGCUGAAAAACAGGAAGAUGGAGUUGAGGUGAUUGCGAAGCAAGAUGAGCAACAAUCUGAUGAGACUCGAGAUGAUGUGACUCAGAAUCAAGAGGAGGUGACUCAGAAUCAAGAGGAGGUGACUCAGAAUCAAGAGGAGGUGACUCAGAAUCAAGAGGAGGUCACUCAGAAUGAAGUUGAGGUUACUCAGAAUCAAGAGGAGGUGACUCAGAAUCAAGAGGAGGUAUGUCAGAAUCAAGAGGCGGAGAAUCGGAAUCAAGCGGAGGCGACUCAGAAUCAAGAGGAAGUGACUCAGACUCGAGAGGAGACGACUCAGAAUCAAGAGAAGGUUACUCAAAAUCAAGAGGAGGUGACUCAGAGUCAAGAGGUGGUGACUCAGGGUCAGGAGGAGGUUGCUGCAGAAAUAAAUGAGAAAACGGAUGUUGCCAUUGAGGUCAUAAUGGAUGAAGAGGCUAUCACAGAAGCAUCUGAUACCAAUGUUACAGACGUUGAACAGCAACUUGACAGUGUCAGCUCACAACAUGAAGACAACCCGAAUGGUAGACUUGCUGAGGAUGCCCAAGAAGAUGACAAAUGCAAUCAAACCAACCCAGAUGAGAUGGAUUUGGGGGUUCAAGCAUCAACUGGUCCUACCGAGGAACAGGCCGUGCCACCUGAAACUAGUGUGAAUUCAGACACACAUGGACCAAAAGAGCUUGAAGUAAGUUUGACCCAGGUUAAUGAACAAUGUGUUACGAUUGAUCAACAUGAAAGCACAACGGAUGAUGGUGCUGGUAAAGAACAGAGCACAGAUUUAAAGGAUUCAAGUGUUCAAGAUGGACAGAGUCAGUUGUCAUCGACUGUUGGUGAUGUCGAAGAAAGUUUCACAAUCGUUCCAACUUCUGAAAAAACUCAGGAGACAGCGAACAUAGACAAAAAUCAACCCACCACCACUUCAGCAGCUAUCGCCCAGGAAUCAGCAGAACACCGAGAUGAUGAAACUAGGUUAGAUGAAGAGAAAUCAGAAGUUCAACCUGACGCUGUAAAUGUACCAGCCUCUAAAGACCAGAAGGAGCUUACAGAAACGGACACUGAACACCAACAAGUUCUAGCAAAGCCAGCUAUAACAGACGUCGAGGUAGUUGUUACGAAACCAGUUAAUGUAGAUGUCGAGCAAGUAACAGAAGCUGAAACGGAACAAAUAGCAAUUACUGAAGAACAUUCUAGUAAAAACCGUCAGAGAGUGCCAGAAGUGACCGAGGAGCAAACAAGUAACAAAGCUGGUGAAACUGAGGUGGUAGAUGCUGAACGUGGUACAAAGCCUGAAGAACUUUCUGAUUCUGGGAAACAAGAAGCUCCAUUAGGUGACCAAGAACUCGACACAACCCCUGUUACAGUAUCCGUUAAUACUGAUGGCGAACCUGAAUCAUCUACAGUAUCCAACAAAGAGCACGUCACAACCUUGGAGGUGAAAACUAAUGAAGCAUCUUCGGAAGAAACUGCACCAGCCAUUGUACACGAGCACAACCCUCCUUCAGAUGAGCCUCCUAAAUACAGUGAAGCUGAUGUAGCUGUGACAGCUGUUGGAGAUGUGACACCUGAGGUAUCACGAACUGAUGUGGUACCUUCACAGAGUGAAGCAGGUACGAAACCCUCAACAACUGAGACUAGCACCAGAGAAGUCUCAAGUGAGAACAUUCCUGAUGGACAAACUAAGUCUGGUACGGAGAGUUCAUCAGAGUCGCCCCGACAAAUUCCUGCUGUUGGAGAAGAGACUAGAGAGGAUGAGUUAAACUCCAACCAGAACAACAGCAAUUCAGAUGCCACUGGGGUGCGCAAAAUCAGCAAGACGAUCCCCCUGCCGAACAGUUUGACAUCGAGGAUGGCUUCAGCUCUCCGGAACGCCCAGAAGCGCAAGGUGUCAAGCUCUUGCCCUCCCAGUCAGGAAACGCAGACUGAGUUCCUGUCAUCGGAAAGUCAGCCCUCUGAUGAUACACCAGAAAUAAUUGUUUAACUGGACCUGAUGGUUUGAACUUCACUGUUGGAGACGUCUUCCUUAAUGGAGUCUGCUCAACUCGCCAAUGUGUUGAUUGUCUGGGUAGACAACAUGCUGCUGUUUUAUGAUGUCACCUUUUUAUUUAUUUAUUUUUAAUAUGAAAGAUCGCUCAUCAUCGCAAGGCAAAGGCAGCCACUCUAAGGUGAGGGCUUCACUGAUCUGGGCACGAUCCAAAUCACGUCGAGAUGAGGGCUAUAAACUGGUCUCGACCUAAAUCAACUACCACCAGGGACAUGUUACCGCCCUCUCCUGGGGGCUGAAACAGGGUAACCCCUGUCUCACUGCCAUUGGUAUGUGGGGAUGGGUGUCAUCCACUAUAGGAGCAUGGCUGGUGGAGCAGAGAAUGCACUACCGUCCCAACUUCUUUGCAAAGCAGUGGUUAAGUGCCUUGCUCCAGUACACAUGUCAUAACCGGGUACCGACCCCGAACCCUGCUGCAGACAACACCAGAGCUUGUAUCCAGUGAACUUGAUCGCUCGACCAUGACAUUACUCUAAUGGAUGACUAUGUAUCCUAUGCCAACUACUGGAUUUAGUAAGACUUGAGGGUGUCACAAACUUAUGAUGUCAUCUGUACCAAAGAGGAACCUGGAACUGGAGCCUUAAGUUACUAAUAUCGAACAAGUGAAGUAAUCGUUGUUUUGCAGACACUGUUUAUUGGGGGGAAAAGGCGUUAACUCUAUGGAACUUUACUUUAAUAUUGUUUUAUGAUCGCUUGAUGUCUCAUAAAAUGGGCCUCUGCUAUCGACAUCGCAAUGCAACAUGGAGAGCAUUCUGACCACAUGUAUUUGGAUGUACUGUUUUUGAUGUUAUCUUUAAUGAUUUAUCUGAGGUGUGGACAGGUUUUGUUGAAUGUUAAACUCUAUUUUGAAUUAAGACAACAAGGGUGUUGACCCUUUUUUUUGCAGCAAUGGCUGUAUUCCACAAGACACUCACUAUGGCAUCAAAAACAAAAGGAUUUGUUGUUUUGGGGAAUUUCGAUCGAACAUUACAUGUCUUUGUCCAAUCACUUAGCAUGUACUUGGAGAUAAAGGAUUUGAUGAUUACAUGUUCUUUUCGAUCUUCCUAUGUCCAGCUAUUGUUAACUAAAACUGCUACAAACUUGCUAGAAAACUAGACAUCUCACAAAAUGGGUUUUUGCCACAAUUUAUUUUUGAUUUUUUACAAUGGCACUUAUUUACGCGCUCUCAUUUUAAUUUUUUUGCCCAAAAGUGCCAAAUUUUGACAUAUUAGCCCAAACCAUGCUUUACAUAGCAGUGUGAGUUUUUGCCCCUCCCACCCUCACACACAACACCUCUGUAACGAGUAUGUGAAUAUCUAAUGUAAUUGUUUUACCGAUAUUUAAGUUAUAAUAUUAUUAACAUUGCUUUGAUGGCAUCAUUUUGUUCACAAUAAUCAAAGAAAAAGUUUAAGUCAAAGUUUGGCUGAAAGGUUAAAAAUAGCCUUCUUCCUUUGUCUAAUGACUUUUUUUUUUUUUUUUUUUAUGAGUUGGCUGCAGUUUCUUUUAUUUUUGGAUGUUUUAUUUUUGUGUUUUAUGAUGUAAAUUAAAAAGAUGGUUGUUUUGAACGGCUAGGUCUCGAAACUGAUACCUUGCUUAACGGGGAACAUUGGACUUGUACAAUGUCCACCAUUUUUAAGUUAAUUUCCUUUUGUGAAUGUAGACUCCUAAACUGGUAGACAUAAUAUGAACACGUUAAAGGAACACGUUGCCUUUGAUCGGUUGAGUUGGUCUAUGAAAAGCGUUUGUUAUGAAUUGCAAAUGGUUA